AUGGCGGUCAGAGUGUGCGCGCGCGUUAUUAUGCAGCUUGUCAUCGUUGUAUCUGCAUCCAAUUUCAUCGCCAAUACCGAUGCCAGUGUAGAUCGUCGCGAGGAGUGGGUCGUCAGAAUAGCAGGGGGCUCGCAAGUAGCGUCGCUAUUAGCCGCUCAGUCCGGUUACAAACACCAUGGUCCGGUUCUCGGAUUCAAGGACACAUAUAUAUGGCAUAAGAAUGAUAAUCCAAGCCAGAAGAAAAGAGGAAAUAUUCGCUUGACAAAGGCCCUUAAUGCAAACUCUAAGAUCAUCUGGGCGGAUCAACAAAAAACCAUAAAACGUCUUAAACGUGAUUACAUUUCGUUUGCUGAUUUGGAGUCCGAAAAACCUUUAACACGAGAGAAACGCGUACAAUUCAUGUACGGAGAUGUAUCAAAUGCCAUUAACAAUGAAAAUCAUGAUGCUGUCGAUAAAUUACGGAUAUUCAACGAUGAACUUUGGGAUCAGGAAUGGUAUCUGCAAGAUACUAGGACGAACAAAGCUUUGCCGAAGCUCGACUUAAACGUUCUACCUCUCUAUCGACUGGGGAUAACUGGUCGUGGUAUAAAGAUUGCUGUUCUCGACGACGGUUUAGAAUACACUCAUGAUGACCUGCGGAAUAAUUAUGAUGCGGCCAUUAGUUACGACAUAAAUGAAGGUGAUGAUGAUCCUUUUCCAAGAUACGAUCUGUCAGGGAUGAACGGUCACGGCACCAGGUGCGCUGGUGAGAUAGCAAUGGAAGCCAACAACCAAAAAUGUGGCGUCGGUGUUGCUUUCGAGGCAUCCAUCGGUGGCAUCAAGCUCCUCGAUGGUCUAGUAAACGAUCGUGUAGAAGGCGAAGCGUUGGGAUACAGAUCCGAACUUAUUGACAUCUACACGGCUUCUUGGGGACCAGCGGACGAUGGGAAAAGUUUGGAGGCACCUGGUAGACUCGCUAUUGAAGCGCUCAAACGUGGCAUAACAGAGGGUCGCAACGGCAAAGGUAACAUUUAUGUUUGGGCUUCUGGGAAUGGUGGCUCUAAAUCGGAUGACUGCGGAUGUGACGGAUACGUUGGAAGCAUAUACACCGUAGCUGUCGGAUCAGCUAGUCAAACCGGAAGAUUUCCUUGGUAUGGAGAAAGAUGUCCUGCUACUCUCGCUACGACAUACAGCAGCGGCGCGUAUUAUGAUCAAAUGAUAGCAACAACGGAUCUACGAAACACCUGCACGACUAGGCACACGGGUACUUCAGCUUCCGCCCCAUUAGCCGCUGGAAUAUUGGCUCUCGCGCUGCAAGUAAACAACAACUUAACGUGGAGGGACAUUCAGCAUCUAAUAGCUUGGUCAUCGGAAUACAUUCCUCUCAGCGGAAAUCCGGGCUGGUUUAAAAACGCUGCUGGAUUUUGGUUCAACUCACACUUCGGUUUUGGACUUAUGAACGCGUACGCAUUGGUAAUGGCGAGCUACAACUGGACGACAGUACCGGAGAAGACUAUUUGCAGAGUGGAUAACGCGUAUAUUGCCGAUUUCAGACUGACAUAUAGAUGUUUAAAGAAAUUGCAAUUCAAUGCUACUAACGUUUGCCGGACAUCGGGGAGUGAAAUAAUGUUUUUGGAGCACGUGGAAGUCGAGGCGAAUCUCAAAUAUUCUCGUCGCGGGGCACUGCAGAUGCGCCUGACUGCGCCUUCAGGGACCUCAGUCCAGAUUCUAAGUCCAAGGAAGUUGGAUAAUUCUAACGCUGGUUUCGUGAAGUGGAAAUUCAUGUCCGUCGCGACGUGGGGCGAAGAUCCUCGAGGAACGUGGACCUUGGACAUACUUGACGAAAUAGGCCCGGAACAAAAUAACGGCAUGAUUGGAAUAUUUACAUUAAUUUUACAUGGUACCGUACAAAUUCCGGUUUAUCGUCGGAAUGGACCGCGAAUUUACAAUAAAGACUACAAUCGAGUGCACAAAACUUAUGACGUGGUAGAAUCGAACGCAGCAAAUAGCAUAGAAGAUAAAUAUGAUCAUAUAUUAUUGCCAGAAAUUAACGAUAUUUGGUAUAAACAAUGGUUGAGAAAGCUACUAAAAUUAUAA